AAUGUCACAAAACGUCAAUUGAAUCUGACAGUUCUACAGUUAUCUGAAGGAAAAUCUGAAAAUUUUACCUUGUUGACUUUUUCAAUUUUAUCCAAACAUUGUGAGAAAUAGAUAGAUUAAGUUAAUUUUAUUCACAAAAAAGUAUAUCAUAUUGUUCAUUUAGAAAUGUCGUGCUAUUUAGUGUACAUCCAAGUAUUAUUAUAAUAAAUAAAAUACCUUCAAACAAAUAUCAUGGAGAACGUUACGAGUGACGACUCCUCCAGCUCUCCAUCUCAAAUCAAUAUGGAUAUUGCGGAUUAUGACUUAUCUGAAUGGAAUCUAGAAUCUUUAAAACAGGCUGCAGUGGAACAUCGGCUAGUGAGGCCGCGUGGCUUAGCAUGGUCCAUUCUGCUCCAGGCCCUGCCAUCACUACAAUCCGACAUGAUUGCUAGUUUAAAAAGUCAUAGGAAGUAUUAUGAUGACUUAAAAAUGAAGCUUUCUAUGGACCCACGUGCUGUAAUUGAUGAUGAUCCACUGUCCCAGAGUGAUGAGAGUGUUUGGAAGCAACAUUUCUGUGAUAACGAGCUUAAAGCGGUAAUCAUGCAGGACGUUGUCAGGACAUUUCCUGACGAACUCUACUUCAGAGACAAAGAUGUUCAAGACACUUUGGUGCGCGUUUUAUUCUUCUGGGCGCGAUCACAUCCUCACAUAGGAUACAGACAAGGCAUGCAUGAGAUCGUGGCGCCCAUACUGUUCGAACUGUUUCAAGACAGGCGGUUUGCGCCAAAGGACCUCGGCAAUACGUUAGAAUGUGUACUGGACGACGACUUCCUCGAACACGAUAGCUACAUGCUUUUUAACGCUGUGAUGAAAGGACUAGAAAGAUUUUAUACAACAGGAGAGGUGGUUCCUACGCCAAGUGGCAGAUUACCAACUUCCAAAAGUGCGCACAAUCCUAACGAAGUAAUAAGAUAUUUGGACCAAGUGAGAGAAGAGUAUUUAAUCCCUUUAGACCACGAGGUGGCGUCGCAUCUGGCCGCCUGCAAUAUUACAAUGGAAUUGUUUGGAAUACGGUGGCUGCGAUUAUUGUUCGGGCGGGAGUUCGCGCGUGGCGAGAUCCCUCACUUGUGGGGCUUCAUAUUUGCGGACGGUCCCUCCUUGCCUUAUAUACACUUCAUUUUAGUCUCUAUGCUCAUCUCCUUAAGGCACAUAUUGAUAGACGCGGAGCCCGGCGCGGUGUUGUCAGCGUUGAUGCGUCCGUUGCCCAUAAGCGCGGGCCACGUGUGUGCGCUCGCGCGACACCUGCGCGCGCCGCUGCAGCACCCGCGGCCCCCGCCCCCCCACUACCACCACAGGCCCGCGUCUCCGCUCGAGGCUAGUCCUGAGGCGGAGCUCGAGCACAGGGGCGUAGGCUUGGACGCCAACGUGUCGGACUCGGGGUCGGAGGGCGUGGCGGAGGGCGGGGACGUGGCCCGCGAGCUGGCCGCGCUGGCCCUGCUGCGGGCCCGCCUGCCGCCCGCCGCCGCUCAGCUCGCCGCCGCACUGCCGCGCGUGCCGCCCAAUGCACAGCGCCCGCUGCAUCAGAUCCUGCAGGUAUACAAUACUCGGGGUCGGAGGGCGGGGACGUGGCCCGCGAGCUGGCCGCGCUGGCCCUGCUGCGGGCCCGCCUGCCGCCCGCCGCCGCUCAGCUCGCCGCCGCACUGCCGCGCGUGCCGCCCAAUGCACAGCGCCCGCUGCAUCAGAUCCUGCAGGUAUACAAUACUCGGGGUCGGAGGGCGGGGACGUGGCCCGCGAGCUGGCCGCGCUGGCCCUGCUGCGGGCCCGCCUGCCGCCCGCCGCCGCUCAGCUCGCCGCCGCACUGCCGCGCGUGCCGCCCAAUGCACAGCGCCCGCUGCAUCAGAUCCUGCAGGUAUACAAUACUCGGGGUCGGAGGGCGGGGACGUGGCCCGCGAGCUGGCCGCGCUGGCCCUGCUGCGGGCCCGCCUGCCGCCCGCCGCCGCUCAGCUCGCCGCCGCACUGCCGCGCGUGCCGCCCAAUGCACAGCGCCCGCUGCAUCAGAUCCUGCAGCUGGCGGCACUCCUUCAGUGCCGGAACCACGCGUUGAUCGACGUAGAAACCGCCCUCGAAGCUGCGGAGGGUCAAAACUCCGACAAAAUUGGUCGCAAGCAGCUAGUACCAGUCACUUUCUUGCCCAAACCUAGCCCCAACAAAUCUCCCCACAAACCAAUCUCUAGAGUCAAGGAAGUACCCCUCAAAGUGUUCCAUCAAGCAGAGUGCAACGAAACCGGGGACUUACCCUGCUUAGAUCCACUAAGACUACGGACUGAAUGACUAAAACGCAAAAUUAUGCUCUACAGCUAUUACCAUUAGGACGAUGUUCGAUCGAAGUGUAUCUACACAGAUAUCCUAGAAAUGCUCAAACGGAAAGUGUAAUCGUUAUCAAACUGACUGCAGAGAUAUUGGGUGUAUUCCGAAUCAAACACCAGUACGCUGGCCAGUGGUAAUGACGUCAUGAUUUCGACGCCAUAUUGACAACACUACUACUACACCAGUGCAAUAUGGCGUCGAAAUCAUGACGUCAUUACCGCUGGCCAGCGUACGGGUUUAUAUUUCGGAAUACACCGAUAAGGGUUUCCUCGGGAUGGAAGAAAUUUGAAAACAAACCCGUAUUUCUAUAUAAAACCUUGUAAGAAGCUCGAAACUAAAUUUUACAGGAGAACGCAUAUAGGAUGAACAUUUAUAUUAUUACCUUCUCUCUUCUGGUUAAGAUUUUUAAAUACAUUUAUUGUACUGUGAGAGACUGUUAUCAUAUUUAUCUUUAUGCACAAUCUAUUUCAGAAUUAUGACCGGUUAUUAACGCAUGCAGAUACAUUUAUGUAAGUGAUAAUACUACACUGUUUGAAUACCAUACGUAAUUUUUUUACAACCAUACUUUUAUCUCGAAAUCGAAUACCGAAAAAUACUGAUAGGUUUUUGCUAAUUCCAAGGAGAUUUAAAUGUGUUAUUGUCCACGAGUCGCCAGAGACACGAGAAAAAAAGGAUACCCAAAAUGGAUUUAGGGGAAAAAAUCCAAAGCUAUCAACGCGAAUUUACGAGUUAUCUGUCUCUCCGCAAACUUUGAUCGUACGAUAUUGUGAUUGAGACUCGACACGGUAAUUGUGUAGCAAGCAAAUCAUAAUUAUGACUGACACUGACUCGGUGUGUUAUGCGCAUUCGUAUUGAUAAUCUUCAUGCUGGCUAAAAGCCAAAAAGGGUCUUUAAGGCCGUGUUAACCGUUAAACGUAGAAAGUUAAAUUUUCGUUGUACCGUUACAUUCACAGUUUCAAAAUUUUGUAAACGUAAAUUGUAAAUAUGUUUUUUUUUUAUUUAAGAAAUCGAUUCUAUGUUUUUGAAUAAGGUUUACUUUAAGAAUAUACUCCCGAAACAUAUAUCGGCCCACAUAGCAUUUUAAGUUUUGUCCUACUUCUAUAGUUUCGACGGUCCAUAACUAAAAAUAAAUGUUAGUUACAUUGAGCAGAAAGUUUGUACGCUGAUUUAUUAACCAUCAUUUUCGUGUCUUUUUUUAAAUAUAUAAUUAUUCCCAACCUAAUUAAAUUAUAUUUUUGCUACAGACCGUUGAAAACUAUAAUGAUAAGUGGGCCGAUAGAUGUGUCUGGAGGUGUAUUUUGUAAUCAGUAAAUAAAUGAACCUUGGUAUACGUGCCGGCAAACUUCAUGAGCAAUGCAACGACCAUAGACAAGGUAACCUGCGCAGGAGUAAUUAUUUUACAUACAGAAACAUCAAAAAGUUUGCCGCCACCAAUAGUAGUGAAUUUGCUACAUUGGAUAUAGUGCUGUGAGUUUAUAAAAUCUUUAAGACAUAGUUGUAAAGUAUUUUUUGCAUUUUUGUUGUAUAAGUGAAUAACGUAGUGCAAUGUAUUUUAAGUGUAACUAGGAAUAUAAUUUCUAUAGACAAAUCUAUCAUGUUAGAAUAAAAGUUUUCCAAAUUUUAAAAAGACUAUGUACUGCCAACUGAAAACUUUUGAUAAUAUAGGAAUCGAUUCUGUUAGGUAAAAAAGCUUAUAAUUUGACUGUUUUAAAACCAUUUAUAAUUAUUACAGACAGAAUCCAGUUCUAUAUUACAUAAUUUGAUAAAAACCUUAGUCCUAAGUUCAAAGAACAACAUUGUUACAAAAUAUAAUUCGGGUAAGUUUAUUAUACCUAAUUUACUGUAAGAAGUUGUAAAAAAUAAAUAUUUUGCUUUUAAU